UGUAAGAAAUAUCUAGUGUUGUAGCUGAUAAAUCUUAGAAAAUGUCUCAAUUGGUGGUUUAAUAUCACAUAAAGCAACCUAUAUGUAGAUGGGUAUUGGUAUGUGGACUCAGCAAUGGACCCAAAGAAACCAGAAGGAGAGAUGAUCGGUUGCAGAAUGUGGAAUAAGAAUGGAGUUGUGGAAAUGAAAGACAUAGAUGAGGUUGGCAUUGAGUUAGUUUCUCUAGACGCGAAUGACCACCACUUGGUCUAGUGCCGAGACUUAGUGGCACUAUUGUUGAGCUGACCCGGAAUUGGAAGCGAUCAGACAAAGGAGAAUACAGGAGCUAAUGGCUCAACGUGGCGGGGGUAGUCAUCAAGGUCCUGAGCAACAGAAAGCCCAGGAGGAAGCUAAAAGUGAGGCGGAGGAACAAAGACAACUGAUGCUGACACGGAUUUUGACAUCUGAAGCACGUGCAAGACUUGCUCGAAUUGCGCUGGUAAAACCCGAGAAGGCCAGGGGAGUUGAGGAUGUUAUACUGAGAGCUGCCCAAACAGGUCAGAUUGUUGAGAAGGUAUCUGAAGAGAGACUCAUAUCGCUGCUCGAACAAAUCAACAAUCAAACAUCUAAAGAAACCAAAGUCACAAUUCGGAGGCGUACGAGUGUUCUCGAGGACGAUUAGACUAUAUGGGUUUGAGGUUUGUUUGAUUUUAUACUAAGCAUGAAUUAAAAGGGCAUAUUGUAAAAUCCAUCCUAUGUUGUGUGGUUGGUUGGAAUUGUUUUGAGUGUGAUCGUCCAAAUUUUAGCCCCUAUUUGCGACUUGAAUUUUAAUAACUUCUAUUUUUUUACUGGAUACGGAUAGUUAUUGUAUCGUGCAAGCAUUGCUUGCUUGAAACAAAAAUCCCAGUCAUCUUGAUGUGAAGUAAGGUUAUUUUCUUAA